AUGAUCGCCAGGUGUGUUUGGGCGAGAGCAUGGUUGAAAAAGUGACCUGAGAGUGUCUGCUUCUCCACACUGUCUAUGAACAACCUUUCCAUGAAGAACCUCAAACUCAUCCUCACCCAAGCACAAGCCCAAGCCAAAGAUCCCGACCCCUAUCUGAAGCCCGUGUUCUACGCCUCCCUCCUACAAGACUGCAUCAAAGCCCACUCCUUCGUCCAGGGCACCCUCCUUCACGCCCACGUCCUCAAAUCGGGCCUCCUUGCCGACCGCUUCCUCGCUAACAGUCUCCUCUCCCUAUACUUCAAACUCUCCCCACACUUCUCCCAGGCCCGCACUCUCUUCGAUGGCCUUUCCUUCAAAGAUGUCAUCGCAUGGACCUCCAUUAUCUCCGGCUAUGUCCGGAAAGCCCAGCCCACCCAGGCUCUCUGCCUCUUCCUCCAAAUGCUCCGCCUCGGCCUUUAUCCCAACGCCUUUACCAUUUCCUCCCUUCUCAAAGCCUCCUCCCAGCUCCCAAACCUUCUCCUUGGCAAGGCCCUCCAUGGAAUCGUCGCCACCCGCGGCUUCCACUCCAACUGCGUCGUCGCCUGCUCGCUCAUCGACAUGUACGGGAGGACCAGCGUGGUCGACGACGCGCGCAGGGUGUUCGACGAAUUGCCCCACCCGGACCCGGUCUGCUGGACGGCCUUUAUCUCCACGUUGGCGCGUAAUGACAGGUUUAGGGAGGCCGUGGGGUUGUUUUCCGUUAUGCACGACGGAGGUUUGGGGUUGGAGGUUGAUGGUUUCACUUUCGGAACACUGUUAAACGCGUGUGGGCACUUGGGGUGGCUGAGGAUGGGGAGAGAGGUGCAUGGGAAGGUUGUGACUUUGGGGAUGCGUGGGAAUGUGGUCGUGGAGAGUAGUUUGUUGGAUAUGUAUGGGAAGUGCGGCGAUGUUGGGUGUGCGAGGGUAGUGUUUGAUGGGUUGGAGGGGAGGAAUUGGGUGUCUUGGACUGCUAUGCUUGGAGUUUAUUGUCACAAUGGAGAAUCUGAGAGUGUGCUUGGGCUUGUUAGGGAGUGGGGGGUGGUGGAUUUUUAUAGUUUUGGGACGAUUAUCCGUGCUUGUUCGGCGCUGGCUGCGGUGAGGCAGGGGAAGGAGGUGCAUUGUCAGUAUGUGAGGAAGGGUGGGUGGAAGGAUGUGGUGGUGGAGUCUGCUUUGGUUGAUAUGUAUGCGAAAUGUGGGAGUGUGGAUUUUGCAUAUAGGUUGUUUUCGAGGAUGGAGGUGAGGAAUUUGAUCACAUGGAACUCCAUGAUUGGGGGGUUUGCGCAAAAUGGGAGAGGGCAAGAGGGGUUGGAGUUGUUUGAGGAGAUGGUGAAGGAGGGGGUGAGGCCGGAUGGGAUCAGUUUUGUGAAUGUUCUGUUUGCGUGUAGUCAUAAUGGUUUGGUUGAUCAUGGGAGGAGGUAUUUUGAUUUGAUGAAGAGGGAGUAUGGGAUUAGGCCUGGGGUGGUGCAUUACACUUGCAUGAUUGAUCUUCUUGGAAGGGCUGAGUUGAUACAGGAGGCUGAGUGUUUGCUAGAGGCUGCUGAUUGCGGGUAUGAUCAUCAUUCGGUUUGGGCGGUUCUGCUUGGAGCUUGCACUAAGUGUUCGGAUUAUAUCACAGCUGAACGUGUUGCGAAAAAGAUGAUUCAGCUGGACCCUGAAUUCCAUCUGAGUUAUGUUUUGCUUAGUAAUGUUUAUAGAGCAGUUGGCCGGUGGAAUGACGCCCAAGAGAUCAGAAGGUUAAUGGAGGAGCGAGGGGUUAAGAAGAUGCCUGGCACGAGCUGGGUUGAAAGUGAGAAGCAAAAGGGUUCUCCUAGUUUUGAUUUGAGCAUUGUUGGGAGGAGCAUGGGAGAGGCUGCGUGUGUUAGAUAGUUAUAGGCAGGUUGAGUUCUGUCGAUAUAGUUGGUAGACUGAUUUAGCAUAGAAUGAACACUCGGUUUAUUUUUGGUAUCAUGGAAGGUUUGUUCAGAGAUUCUAUGGUGGUGUUGUACAUGAAGAGAUUUCUUUUGUCAUCUUACUUGCAUUGUAUUAGACAGUAAAAAAACUUUCACUUGGUGACUGAAUAGAAUGAAGUCCAAAAGCAGCAUCAAAUGAACACAUCAUUCUUGUCUGGUUGGAGGGAUCAUCAUGAAAAGCCUGCAAACAUCAUCAGCUGCUGCAAUCAAAUGAAUAAAGAGUAACACCUUGAGCUGAUGCAUGCUCAUUUUUGUCAACUGAAUUUAGCGGCCUUCGUCUCGAACCAGUGGGUGAAAUUUUUUAUAGGUGAAAUUAUGGUGUGACUGUCCCUUCUGGCCUGACGACGGCAUGUGCCAGUUGCGGGACUGUAGUGCAUGUGAAUGCCCAGAAAGUGAAUUCCCUGAAUCAUUUAAGAAGCCACAUGGCUUCUCAAUGAAUGAUCUUGUUUGUCAAGAAGGUAAACCUCAGGCAGCUGUUGACCGUACUUUAGUCAAUAAAGUUUUCAGAGGAUGGAUAGAAAUAGACAAUCCAUUGACAAAUGACGAUGAGAAUGACAACGACGAGAUGACAUACGUGAAUCUUCAACUGAAUCCUGCGAAGGUAUACUGGUUACACUGGUUCUUCUGCAAGAAGGAUAUGGGAUGCUGUCUACUCUGAGAACCGCCCCAAAUUGCAUUGAUGGAUUGUAUAUGAUGUGAGAAGUGUCGAUUAUGGGGGUAAGCUUCAGGUUCUUGGUCUUGUUGGAACUGCAUUAAAGAUUCUCUUCUCUGUUGAUGGUCAAGAAAACUCAAGUCAAACACUUCAGCUGCAAAGGAAUGAGGUAAUUGCAUUGAUGAACCUUCUCAAUCGGCUUUCAGAAUCUGUCAAAUUUGUCCAUGAAGUGGGACCUGCAGCUGAUGGUGUGAUGGAAGGACAUGUUUCUGCUCAUAAAACAUUGAUUAAAGCAUGGAAAAAAAAUUGGUCCUUUGUAUCUAAAACUUAGGUAACAUGCUCUCUUCUUAGUAUUUGUUGUAUCAGUCUUUGAUGUUCCAAACUGAGUAUUAGAUGUUUGCAUCUGCAGGCUGAGUGAGUGGUGACAGUUCUGUUUUCUGUGAUUAAAAUUACUUCAUAGGUUAGACAUAGAAAACCACUGUCAUAGUUUGGAAACUAAUGUACUUAGAGUGUCUCAAAAUUGAAAAUAAA